UCACGGAGGAGCGGGCCGAGGCGCGAUGGAGCGAGCCAGGGAUCGCUUACAUCUGAGAAGAACUACAGAACAGCACGUGCCAGAGGUAGAAGUCCAAGUGAAACGUAGACGAACUGCUUCCUUGAGCAACCAAGAGUGUCACUUGUACCCCAGACGUUCUCAGCAGCACCAAAUUCCUGUGGUGGAUUUCCAGGCAGAGCUGAGACAGGCGUUCUUAGCUGAGACCCCCAGAGGUGGUUAAACUCCAUUGGAACAUCAAGA